AGGAAAAAGCUACUUUGAUUAACACGUUUGCAACAUCAAAAAGGCUGUACCCUGUUAUGAUAUAAGACAAACCAUCAUGUCGUUGAAAGAUUUAUGUCUGUUAUUUGUAUUUAUCCCCGUGAUAUCAGCGUUCAAUGUUGGAAUCAAAGAGGCUAAAAUUCUGGCCGGAGAACCGGGCUCCAUGUUUGGUUAUUCGCUAGAUUUUGCCACAAGGGGUAAGAAUGUUUGGUUGCUGAUUGGAUCACCAAAAGCAACGGACGAUGACUUCGGCAUGGCGACAGGGGCACUGUACUUUUGUAGUCCGGGAUUUAAAAAUCUCUCUGACUGCAAAACGGUAUUAGUUCCGCAAGUUGAAAAUUCUGGAGUGGGAUUUACGGAAGACCGGUCUGAGAUGUGGCUAGGUGCGUCUGUGGAUGUUGGUUUGGAAGCAAAUGCAGUUUCUUUCUGUGGCCCGCGAUGGAUGAGGAUCAGCUCUGAUAACAAUGUAAGUGCGAUGAAUGGAUUGUGUUAUGAGGUGCCAUUUGGAUGGUUAGAAGGAGAUAGGUCCGGGCUUGUUGAUCCCAAAAUCUUACGGGGACUGCACAGUUCCGAUCGCGACGACCAGUUCCCAGUUGCUGAUGAGUCUGCGAUAAACAAGACCAUAAAAUAUGGAGUCUCAUCAUCAGGAAUUUCCAUUAAAUACUAUAAAACUGAUGUUUUUCUGGGAUCUCCAGGUUUGAAUGAACUUGCAGGUGGCAUUCUUCGUGUGGAAGCUAAUACUGGCUACUCAGUAAAGGCUGUGAACACCACACCAGCUAGACAAGGGCAAAUGUAUGGUUAUGAUAUGAAUGUUGGCAGAUUUUAUGGAGAUGGACAAUACUAUUUUGCCAUUGGUGGCCCGCGGGACGGGGGAUCUGGCAAGGUACUUAUCACAGAUUUAGAGAAUGUUGUCAAGGAGACUUUGGUUGGAAUUGAGCCUGGUAGCUAUUUUGGAUCUGUGUUGUGCGUUGUGCCGGGAAUAGGUUUGCUCACAGACCAACUCCUUGUCGGAGCCCCGUUGUAUAGUGAAAUGCAGACGUAUUCUAAUAACUACAACGUGAAUGAAAAUCAAGGCCAGGUGUACGUUUACAGGAAAACCCAAUCAAAUAACACAUUGAAAAGAAUACAAACUUUAGAUGGAUCCAGAUCUAGAAGAGGCAGGUUUGGCUAUGCAAUGGCUAACGUUGAUGAUCUAAACAACGAUGAUUACAACGACGUAGUUAUUGGGGCACCUUUUGAGAAUGACGGACAGGGAGCGAUGUAUGUGUAUAUGGGGUACAGGAGAGGAUUUUACUUGACACAGACAAUUACUGCAGCAAAUGUGGCUCCUUCUGGUACAACACUGUCUACAUUUGGUAGCUCAAUUUCGCAACAUUCUAUAGAUUUCAACAACGAUAAACAUCGAGACGUGGCGAUUGGUGCGUAUGGAUCAGAUAUGGUAUUUGUUCUCUACACAAAUCGUCCAAUUACGAUGAAAGUUGAAACCAGGACGACGAAUCUUGUGCCUUCCUCAGGAGGGACGAUGCCUAUCAUUGGGUACAACACAACGGAGUUUACAUUCAAUGUCUGUUUCGAAUACGAGGGCGCUAAUAUUCCGACUGAUGUCUUGGUGACCUAUGAAGUAACUGUUGAUGCGACCUUUCUAAAUACCAGUUCCUCAAGUCAAGGACGAGUCUGUAUUAACCGAUUAAAAACGUGUUCCAAUAAAAUAUCUGGAAGCAUCACGGUAUUCAAAGCAUCCUCAGAAUUCAAGUGCGUUGAUCCUUCCUUUGUUGUUGUUGUCAAAGAUGAUUGGACAAACAUGAGGGGUUUGUUUGUUCCGGUAGAGUUUGAGGUAGAGUUCAAUGUUUCCACUACUGGUAAUACACAGUGUACUGUUAGCUGUCCAGUCGUCAACAAGUUUGAUCCAAAUAACGACGACCCACUUGCAAAGACUCGAAAAUACUCGUAUGAAUUGGAAAGGACUGGAUGUGGAGAAGAUAACGUUUGUCAACCAGAUAUUCAGAUUUCAGUCACGUCAUUGGAUAGCAUUGUAACAGGACCACAAGCAGAAUACACAGCAGACAUCGCCAUCAACAACGAAGGAGAAUCAUCUUAUGAGACAGUGAUCAGUAUUACAUAUCAUUCUAAUCUGACAUUAGCCGACACAGGAAACACCAGUCAGGAGUUCCCUGUGACAUGUUCUCCUGCUGUUGGCUCAUUGCAGUGUAUUCUGGAAAAAGAACAAUUGAAGAAAGACGAAAUGUUCAGUUUCAGAAUAACACUUGAUAGUAGAAGUCUGUUGCCUGUGAUCAACGAAUUUGAGAUGAAGGUUGAGGUGAAAUCAAGAAGGAAUGAUAACAGUAUGGAAAGUAAGCUGUAUAAUAAAAUAAUCAAAGUACUGACAGUGGUGGCAGUCACUUAUAACCUAUCACCCGUCCCUGAAGUUUAUAUUACGAAAAUAACCCCAGAAAGUCCUUCUGUAGAAGUAAUUCACAGUAUACAGAUCGUGAAUACCGGGCCUAGCCACCUGAUGGACGUAUUGACCUUUAACAUUGAAUAUCCUCAGUCCACACUAGUUAGACCGUCGAAAAUUCUUUUGAAUGUUUCCUUAGCCAAUAACGAUACUUUGAUACGAUGCCAGAAUGUUCUUCUGGAACCAGAGGGCGACACAAAUCUGACCUACAGAGCUUUCACUAUUCCCAUAAACAAAACGAAGAACUCAGAGCCUGCUGGCAAUUUUGAUUGUGAAAAGAACGAAGAAUGUAGUAGAGUCAAGUGUGAUAUUGGAACCUUUAUGUAUGAUAGUUUUAUAUCGGUGACCAUUUCCUACGAUGUUGAGCAGAAUCUGUAUGAAAUCAUCAAUGCUCAGGCAAGUGACAAUAAACCAUUUGUCCCAAUAGCAACAACAUUUAUUCCGGACACGGAGAACCCAGGGGUAGACUUAAAAGGUCAAGGAAACGGAAUGGUGAAAGUUGUAACGAAAUUUCUUCCCAGUACACCGAUGAAGAAGGAAGUUCCUGUGUUGGCCAUUAUCCUAUCCAUUGUUAGUUCAUUGGGAAUUCUCGUGGUUGUUGUCCUAGUACUAAAGAAGAAAGGAUGUUUUGAAAACAGAUAUAGAAAACAACUCGAGUAUCUGAGAGCAUGCCAGAGAAAAACAAAUGAAAAUAAUGUUAUAGAUGAUGCAUGUAAUCUGGAAGGAAUGGAGAACGAAAUCGAAGAAAAACCUUUGUUGUCAACAUUUUUAAACACCAAUAAAAAAAGAAACAACUUUGAAAUAGAAGAAGACAAGCUGGGAUCUCUCGAGAAUAAAGACAUGGUACCAUCAUCGACUAAAGAAAAAAACAAAUUAGAAACAAGCAUGCCGGAAAUUAAUAAUGAAAAAGGAUUACUCUUCUCUGAAAAUUUCGACUCUGAUAUCAAACUAAUGAGAACUGAUGAGAACAUUCUAAAUGUUCAGAAUACAACUAAUGGUGAGGAUGCGGCGUUUGAAAAAAUGGCUAAUAUUGGAGAGGGUACCUCUGAUGCUCAAAAAACGAAAGUUAAUGAGGAUGACAAUCAUGCCCCGAUGGCGGGUAGUGUUCAGGACCAGUUUGAUAAACGUGAUCCAAUGGAUGUGUAGAAAAGGAACGGAAUAAUGGUCUUACAGAGAAUCUGUCUUAAACGUCACAUUCUAUAAAAUGUUGUUAUAUAAUUUAUAAACUAAACACAUUUGAUUAAGUGUCCUGUUUCCUACUGCAUUCCUAUGGUACUAGAAACAUCAUUGUCUUAAAGUGAAACAAUUGUAAUCAUUAAAUUUUCUCAGGCACCAAACUUGUAUAAAAUGUCAAAUUCUUAUUCUAUACAUAUGCCUCUUGUUUUCGUUUAUGAAAAUUAUGACACCAAAUAAUAAAUUUUUUCUGU